UCCACCGAUGAGCCCAGCAAUGACUGAGAUGAGGGAGGACAAACAAGCUUUCUCCCUGCGUGCUGGGCAGCUGUGCGCACUCUCCAGCAGCCGAGCAGAGCAGAGCAGAGCGAGUCUGAAGGAAGAGAAACUACAGGUUAUCCCGGGUCCAGGCAACUCCUCCACGGCACGAAUCUCCUCCGGCGGACGCUUCCCAGAGAUCCAGCACUUCAUGCGACACUGGUACAAAGUGUGGAAGUGGUACAUCCCGGAGCCCGGCUGGGCCGUGGGCUGUGCUUCCCGGGGAGGCAGGCAGCUGGUGACUCGGGCUCCGGAGCAAGGACCUCCGGGGGCCUUUCCUCUGCAGGCUGCAGCUUCAGCUCCCCUGCGGGACGGUGACUGCUCUCGCCCGUGUGCCCUGGCUGCACCCCUGGGCGCCAAAGUGGAAGCCACCAGAUAAGCGUCAGUGGCCUCUCGGGGACUCCAGGGGCCGCUCGGCUCGCGGGCACCUGCCGCCUCCACCAUGGACAACGGGUCGUGCUGCCUCCUGGAGGGGGACCCCAUCUCCAAGGUGAUGCCCCCGCUGCUCAUCCUGGCCUUUGUGCUGGGCGCCCUGGGCAACGGCAUCGCCCUGUGCGGCUUCUGCUUUCACGUCAAGACCUGGAAGCCCAGCACUGUUUACCUUUUCAACUUGGCCGUGGCCGAUUUCCUCCUCAUGAUCUGCCUGCCCUUCCGGACCGACUACUACCGCCGGCACAGACACUGGGGCUUCGAGGACGUCCCCUGCCGGCUGGUGCUCUUCAUGCUGGCCACGAACCGGGCCGGGAGCAUCGUGUUCCUCACCGUGGUGGCCGUGGACCGGUACUUCAAGGUCGUCCACCCUCACCACGCGCUCAAUGCCAUCUCCAACCGCACCGCGGUGGGCGCCGCCUGUGCCCUCUGGACCCUGGUCAUCCUGGGGACCCUGUACCUCCUGCUGGAAAGCCACCUGUGCGCGCGGGAGGAGGCCGUCUCCUGCGAGAGCUUCAUCAUGGAGUCGGCCAACGGCUGGCACGACGUCAUGUUCCAGCUGGAGUUCUUCCUGCCCCUGGGCGUCGUCCUGUUCUGCUCCGCCAAGGUCGUGUGGCGCCUGAGGCGGCGGCGGCAGCUGGCCCGCCAGCCCGAUGAUGUGAGUUCGUUUGGUCUCUGUGCUCUGAUCGCAGUGACGGGACAGCGUGUGACCCGGAGGAUGGGUGCGUUGCUUGGGAACUGCUGGGCUCCUGUGUCACCUGUAGUGGCUGGGGAACUAGUUAGUGUGCCUUGCUCAGUGGGGAUGAGUGAGCUGAAUGACUCCUCGGUACUUCUUAUCCUCUGGCCCGCAGUACUAAUCUUGGGAAACAGAAACUGGACCAAGUCCAUGCUUGGCUUUUGGCUGAGCGGGCCGUCUGGACUGGGUCAUCUCCGGUUGCGGUUGCCCAUCCUCCUGGUGCCCCUCUGUUCAUUUCACUGCCCAUGUCGUGACUGCCAGGUAGCCCGGGAACCACAACAAAACGAUCUUGCUCUGACCUCGGAGUGUCCACAUUUUUCUGCAGAUCCUUACAUUUCAAAGAAGGUGCUGAGGGUUAUGUUUUCCUGCCCUGGUUUCUCAGGGGAGUCGAGAGCAGCAAUCCUUGUUGACCUUUGA